AUGAAGCUCCCGGAUCUGCAUAAGGAAUCGGCUAUACACUAUCAUAACAAGUGCAUUUCGCAUCUGAUGGGGGUGUCCGCAGAUCCGAUCAAUUCAUGCAGUGAUGAUGCUUUAGCGGCCAUUACCAUACUGAGAUAUCAUGAGCAGGUUGACACUCACUUUACCGGCACCGAUAACGAGACUUUCUCCAUUGCUGUCCGUGCCGUAUUCCAGGCUUUUCAAAACGACGCAGACGGGCUCCUGCACCUAAUUCUUCAACCUCCCCGCGGAUCAGAUGUCUAUGCAACGUCGCUUUCGUCUCUUCGAUUCUCAGCUUGUCUUAUUGCACUUCGUCAAGAGAUCUGGUCGGUUCUCAUGCAUCGCCGUCCAUUCCGACUACCGAUCCUCCCUGUCGAGAACUAUGGAAUUUUUGAUGAUACCUUGGCCGCUGAUGACUAUGACUGGACCAACCGAGUUCUCAUCUGGUGUGCCCACGUCCUCAAAUUCUGCUACCCAGACGACAACGACGACGAACAGCAAAUCGAUAACCGAACUCAGUCCCAACAAUGGGAAGCUAUCAAAGACUUCCAGAGAAAUUGGGACGAGAAACGACCUCCUCAUUUCGCACCACUCUACUACCGCGAACGCAACCCAUCAGAAGGUCAAUACUUCCCCGAAUACUGGAUAACCAGUCCAUGCCAAAUGCUAGCCCUCCAACAUAUCGAAUUAGCACGUAUAGUCCUUGCUGUGCACGAUACCAAGAUCCAACUCGGCAUUGGCGGCAGAGCUGCGCACAAAGCACUAGAAGAGCUUAUGCGAGAAGCGACUAGACGUGUUUGCGGUUUGGCUAUGUCGCAAAAGUGGUGCCAAGAGGGAAUGGUGACUGCUGCUGUUGGAUUGUCCAUGUGUGGCGAGUAUUUCCAAGAUCCGGGAGAACAGGCUGCGAUUAUGGAGUUGGUGACGUUGCUUGAGCGUGAUCAUGCUUGGCCAACCAGCACUUUGUUGAAUAAGCUUUGGGAAUCUUGA